GGGUGAAGCUAACUUGGCAUGCACCCUCUGACAGCGGCAAUCAUGUGCUCCAGUACACGGUUCAGUACCAGAUGGAAACACACACGCACAAGGACUGGCAGAGCGUGGCGGCCGGCACGGAGCUGGCGGCCAUCGUCACGGGGCUGCAGCCGGCCAGCGACUACCGGUUCCGAGUGGUGGCCGAGAACGAGCUGGGCUCGGGCGAACCCGGCGAGGCGAUCCUGGUUCGAACCGGCCAGGAGCCGCCCGCCGGCCACCCGCAGGAGGUGGCAGUCGCCGCGGUGGCCUCGGACGAGCUCGAGGUGUCCUGGAGGCCUCCGCCGGAACACCUGUGGAACGGCGAGAUUUUGGGAUACUACAUCGGCCACAGGGAACAUGGGUUGAGUCUGGCAAGUGGAUAUAACUUCACAACGUCUGCUGCUGAAAUGAAUUGUUCGUGUAAAGCAGUGUUAAAAAGAUUGAAGAAGUACCAUGAAUAUGGAAUCGUUAUACAAGCUUUCAACGCCAAAGGUCCCGGACCGCUGACAAAAGAAAUCAUUGCCCAGACUCUAGAAGAUGUGCCAUCAGCCUCUCCUCAGGAUAUCAAGUGCUUCUCUAAAGGUCCUCAAAUAUUAUCGCUGUCUUGGGCACCUCCUCCACAAAUUCAUCAAAACGGCAUUAUUCGAGGUUACAAGAUUUUUUAUGAAAAUAUGGAGGAAUGGCCUUCAGGGCAUAUCGAAGACGGCGUGAAAGUUUCUUCAGACAACAGCACAGAUAUUCAUAAUUUGCAGAAGUUUUCAAAUUACAGUAUUCAGAUACUUGCUUACACUAAAGUUGGCGAUGGGAAGAAAAGCAACACAAUAUUUUGCCUUACCGACGAAGAUGUGCCCGACGCGCCCGACCGCGUCAAGGUGGUGGCCAGCUCCGCCAGCUCGCUGGUGGUCAGCUGGACGAGGCCGGUGCGCGCGCACGGCACCAUCACCAGCUACACGCUGUACUCGCGCGCGCUGCAGGCCGGCCGCGAGCACGACUCGGGCAAGCGCCGCCUGCCCCCGCUGCAGCCGCACUACGAGCUGCACGAGCUGCGCAAGGGCGAGGCCUACGAGUUCUGGGUGACGGCGAGCACGCGCGUCGGCGAGGGCCAGAGCACGCCCGUCGUCUACGCCACCAUCUCCUCCCGGGUCCCAGCUGCCAUCAUAUCGUUCGGCCAAGUCCUCCGAGUCCGCCGGAGAAGCUCGGUGCAACUGCCUUGCCUGGCCGUGGGGAUCCCGUUCCCGAAGCGCGAGUGGUUGGACGGCGACGGCAAGCCAAUCACCAGCGAGCACUUCAACCUCCAACCCGGAGGCAGCCUGCACGUGAGCGAGAUACAGCGCAAACACCAGGGCAAUUACACUUGCUCGGUCACCAACUCGUAUGGCUCCGAUCAAAUCACAUACUCUGUCCACGUCAUAGUGGUGCCGGCGGCGCCCGUGCUGGCCGUGGCGGCCAAGAGCGCCACCUGGCUGGAGCUGCGGUGGAGCGCGCCCGAGGACGGCGGCAGCCUGGUGCGCGGCUACCUGCUGAACGUGAAGCGGCGCGACGGCGGCGAGUGGGAGGAGCUUGGGCUGCCCAGGAACGCGACGCGCCACCGCCUGGAGCGGCUCGAGUGCGGGACCGCCUACAGCGUGCAGAUGGUGGCGCUCAACCUGGUGGGCAGCGGCGAGCCGAGCGCCGCGCUGGUGGCGCGCACCGAGGGAGCUCCGCCGCCGCGCCCCGCGCAGCGCGACCUGCUGCGCGUCAACUCGAGCAGCGCGGCGCUGAGCCUGCGCGCCUGGGCCGGCGGCGGCUGCCCCAUCACGCGCUUCCUCGUCGAGUACCGCGAGGACUCGCAGCAGGAGUGGUUCACGUCUGAGAACGGAAUGGGCUUCAAGGACACUCAUACCAUCACGGGACUGUGGCCCGAGACCAAAUACCACAUCAGAGUUACUGCAGAGAAUAAAGCUGGUUCGACUGUUGCUGAAUACACAAUAAUCACACUUCCUGUUGCUGGGAAUGGAAACAUAAUAUCUGGUACUUUUGAGCCAGGGGUGGUUUUGACAUCGGAAAGAGAACAGUCAUUUUACAUCGACUUGAGAAUUUUCAUACCGACUGUCGUAUGUCUGACAAUUCUGACUGCUGUGGUGACUGGGCUCUGCAUAUGUUUCAACAGACGUCCAGCGGCCGAGCAGGAGAGCUGCGCGCAGUCCACUUCGGACACGCAGUCGGCCAUGGACAGUCUGGCCAGCAAGCAGGGGCUGGCUCACAAGGAGCAGUACUACGCCUCGGUGCAGAAGGUGGUCGGCUCGCAGUCGGUGGAGCACAUACCAGAAUUCGCUGAAGACAUAUCUCCGUACGCCACAUUUCACAUAGAAGGGGAAGAAACUACAUCUUCGCCAGCUCAUAUUCAAGCAUUCGUUUACCAUGACCAGAGGUUAGCUGCGAUGGAAACAAUGCAACUGAAAAGUAUAAAUCCCAGUAUUGAUUUAAACAAGCUUAGAUGGGAUCACAAGAGGAAAUACAUACACUCAGAUAGCACGGAUUGUUCGGUGUCUGGCGACCUACUAUCAGAAUCUGGCAACACGUCAUUGUCAAUGUCUGGUCUCACAAGGAAAGAAAGGCUGUCUUUACAGCGUAUGUUUUAUUCGAGCAGUUCUACGGUGGGCCAAGAGCUUGAAACCUCCCCUAAAGUGUCGCCGGUCACAGGCAGGAGAAAAACACCGCGAAAGCAUAGACACAACGUCAGAUGUGACGAAGGCAGUAAAAAAUAUCCUACGUGUUUGGAUCCUCCAGAGGGGUUUUCUGAUUCGCAUGAGUUCAGCGAAGCAGAAUGUGAUAUGAACGAAACCUACAACUCAAGUUACCGCAUAAAAGUUAAAACGAAGAAGUUUGACGAGGAAAUUCUUACAGCACAACAGAAUUUCACGAUUGCAGUGUAACAAGAGUUUUUUUUUUGGAGGGGAGAAAACCGGAAAAAAAAGGCAGAGAGCUUAAUUUGGAAUACAUUUUAUUCCUAAUGCCACACAUUUAUAUUUACUACUUUAUUCUCUAUGUUUCUUCAAUAAAAUGGAUACAUAACAAAGAAA